GGCGUCUAACGCAACACUCGGGACAAUGUAAUGUAUUUUUUGCUUUUGACAUUCAAAGAGUUUUGGAGCCUAAAAGCAUAUAAUCGGGCCUCUGUUCUGCUGCUGUCUUACGUAUUGCUGUGAGAAGUUAUUUAUUUCACCAACUGAGUGUUUACUUUUUAGAAAUUAGCCCUGAAAGCAAGACAAUACCAAAUUUUAAAAAUAUGUGCUCUAUUCUAGUUGGUUUUUAAAGAAUGAAAGUUGGAUCCAUUCGUUAAAAUUCUUCAUUAAUAUGAAAAUUAACUGAAAUAAUAAAUGCAUAAAAUAAUGAAUCAUCAGUAAGCUGACAAUGAAAUUACAUAGCAUUCGUAAUAUUUUUUUGGGAUAGACUAAUUAGAGAAACACAAUUCUCAGCUUUAUUUAAGAAGUGAUGCAGUGCAUUUUGAGUUGCUGCUGGUAAUUUGAUUACGGUGGAAGUUGUAGAAUUAGUGAUAGCAGCUGCCUUUCUUUCAAACUUUAUCAUGAGAAAGUUAAGUCUGAAUUGGUUUCGCAGUCUCUCGUACAGUCCAUCUGAUGCAAAUCGUCAAGAUGGCUCCGCAGCAGCAAAGAAUAAUGAUUAUGCCCUGAUGAGACAUUAUUCGACUAUACCUGAAGGUAGAAGAAAAGAAACAGCAAAGAUGUCUAAAGAUGUUAUUCGGGUUGUGAAGUCUCAUAGCGCUGGUCCGAAUUCUGAUGAGCUGAGUGUGAACUGCGGGGAACGGCUCCAUUUAAUAGAGACAGAAGAAAAGAGGCCAAUGUGGUCUUUGGUUCGGAGAAUAUCAGAUGAUGCGCAAGGCUGGGUUCCUUCUGUAUGCCUGAGAUCACCCUCUGUCUCUUCAAUUUCUUCACCAGAAAUUGGCAAAAGUAGAACAGCAGAAUCCCCGUCUGUGUCUUGUGAAGUUGGCUUUGUAGCUUAUGCUGAUAGUUCAAGCAGUGGUUCUAAGUUGAGAGGUAAUUUUCGUAAAUGGCUUUGUAAUCCAGUGAGGAAACUCAGCCAUGGAAGGCUGGAUAGAACACCCGGAGAUGUUGGAAAUAUUUCGACCAAAAAGCAUUCAUCAGAUUCUAAGGUUGUGAUUAGUAAGGAAGAAAUGGGUAAUAAAUCAUCAUCUCCUGGUCCUCCUGUAAAUGUUACCAAUGAAGAUGGGGAUUGUGAAGUUCAGACAGAAGAAAAUGAAGUUGAGGAUAAUGUAUUUAUUCCAAAUGAAGACAAUAAUACUAAUGAAAAUGAUGAUUUUGUUGCAACUGAUGAUAAAACAGGAAAUGAUACAUCUUAUGGAGCUUCACCUUUAGAGACUUCAGAAGAGCCCGAAGACUCUUUGAGCCAGGAAGGAAGCCCAUUUUUGGAGGGUCCGAAUGGACUUAUACCUGCCAGUGAGGAAGAACGUGAAAAAGCUUUAAUGAAACGCAGGUUUGUUCUUCAAGAACUGGUAGACACAGAGAGGGAUUAUGUGAGAGACCUUGGAUUAUUAGUAGAGGGAUACUUGAAUUUAAUGCGCAAUAAUGAAAUCCCUGUACCUGAGGAUUUAAAGGAUGGAAAGGACAAAAUUGUUUUUGGGAAUAUUGAAGCUAUUUACGAAUGGCAUAGAGAUUCCUUCUGUGCUGAAAUUGAGAAGUGCUUAGAAGAGCCACAGCGCUUAGGUCUUUUGUUCAGACGAUAUGAACGCCGUUUGAGUAUGUAUGUUGUUUACUGCCAGAAUAAACCAAAAUCAGAAUAUAUUGUUUCAGAAUACCUAGACACUUUCUUUGAGGAAGCUCGGCAGAAACUUGGCCAUAAAUUGCAAAUACCUGAUCUUCUAAUUAAACCGGUUCAAAGAAUAAUGAAAUAUCAGUUACUUUUGAAGGACAUUUUGAAAUAUACUGAAAAGGCGGGCCUUGAGGAAGAAGCUCAAAAUCUACGCAAAGCUGUUCAGAUCAUGCAUGUUGUUCCUAAAGCUGCAAAUGACAUGAUGAAUGUUGGUCGGUUGCAAGGUUUCGAUGGCAAAAUAACUGCUCAAGGAAAGCUUUUGCAGCAGGGGAUAUUAAUGGUUUCGGAUCCUUCUACUGGAAAAAUGAAAGAGCGGCAAGUGUUUUUAUUUGAACAAAUCAUAAUCUUCAGUGAUUUCAUUGGCCCUAAAUCGCAGUUUUCUGCUCCUGUAUAUAUUUACAAAAAUCACAUUCAGGUUAAUAAAAUGGCUCUUGAAGAACGCUCUGAAGAUGGCGAUCCAACAAAAUUUGUGCUCAAAUCGAAAGAUCCGUUGCAAAGUGGAUUGACUUUUAUUAUUCAGGGAAGAACGGUUGAAGAAAGAAACGAAUGGGUUGCUAACUUAAGAGCUAUAUUGGAUACUCAACUUGACUUUCUCAGAGCUUUGCAGUCUCCAAUUGCUUAUCAAAAAGAAUUAACUAAAGAUAUCUCUGCUCCAGAAUUAGGCUCUUUAUGGAAUCCUUCUCUAAGAAAAACCCUAUCGCACCCAGCUGCAGCUCAUAAAUCUGUGAAAUCACCAAGUGUAAGUUCUGGGGCAUCUUUAACCUCGAAAUCCUUACGGUAUCCAGGUCGAGACAAAAAAGUAUCUGAUAUGAUGGAAAUUAAAAAUUCUGUAGUAGUUCCUGGUGUACAUUUGUCAGAGGAAGCAAUUUCUGGUAAAUCAUCAGAAUCUCAAUCGCAGAGCUUAGCUGUGCCCUCCAUGCUUGGAAAAAAAGACAUUGUUUCAGUCAGUCUGAGUGAAAAUCAGGGUAAAAUUGCUGAAAGUUCAUCAGAUAGACAGCGGAAAAACUCUUUGCCACUUGAAAAGCGCUCAAAUCUAGCACAGCAAAGCCCUCCAAAAAGUAAGAGAAACUUUUUUGAUGGUUUUAAAAAUACUCUACGACCAAAGUCUAAAACGGAAUCUGGAUUAAACAGUGUUAAUGGCAGUGCCCCUGUUUCUCUUAGCUCCAGUCACAGUUUAGAUUCAUCCACUGUUUCGACCCACUUACAUGCCCGGCAGGAGCUUUCUUUGAAUAAAGAUAGUGAUAUGCUGAGAAGAUGGUCUGAGACAAACUCUUCUCGGACUGGCCGCCCGAGUUCAGUUUCUGAUCUCCCAGAUGAUGUCGUGCAUUAAAUAAAUUGUUUUAUAUCUUUUGAGGAGACUUACUUGAAAGAACCGAAUUUUUAAAAAUGCUGUAAAAACUGAAAAGUAUGAAAACGUAUCCGGAUGCAAUAAUUUCAUGUUUGCUUUUUGUACAUAAUUUAUUUCUGAGCACUUUUCUCCCUUGUAUGAGAUCUAAAAGUGUAUCCAUGUGAUUUUGCUAUAUUUAACGUUCUUUGUUUGCAAAGGUUAGACAUUUGUACAUAAAGUAGAAUUAAAAUGUGUAGUCUAUCUAUGUAUAUUUGUAAAAACUGUCGCUGUAUAUUCAUGUGUAAUGAACGAAAAUAAAUCUAUUUACCUGCCCAUUCUGUAGUAAGGUAUGUGAUGAGGUAUUUUCUGAAAGCAAACAGGCAAUAACCAUGCAUAGAUAUUUAAAAGAAUAUCAAAUUUUUCUACUUGAACGUAUCCGAAAUCUUCCUUCCCUUAGCUUAACCUGGAAAAAUAAUUGACAUAUAUAUUUUGAGCCUUUAAAUUUUCAAGUCCUUUGAAUCCCCUAAGUCAAUUUAGCUUCCAAACACUUGGAGAAUAAAAUUAAAUGGAAAGUUAAUUUUAUCCUCCAUAUGUUAGUAUAUUUCCCUUCAAAUGGUGUAAAGAAAAAGAAAUUAUUAAUCUGUUUAUUCAAAAAGAAAAAAAUGGAACCCUUUUAUUUAAUUUUUUCGUUAUUUGAUUUCUUGGGUGUUUUUGCGUAUGUGUGUGAAGUACUUUCAGAGAAGUUCAUUUCAUAUUUGCAAAAAUGUUGAAAAUUUUCAUGAAAUAUCUUAUUUUACUAACUGAUGGGCUGAAAUAAAAUAAGUUAUAUAAAGACCAUUUGGAUUGGUAUUUAUAUUUGUAUAUAUUUAUUUAAAGGAAGAACGGAUAUUUAGAAAAUAUUUGUUGUCUUCCCCUUCCGGCUGCGAUUCAAAAUUCCGAGACUGCUUUUGUAUAUCUUUCGAAUUGAGCAUUAACCAGUAAAUUUAAAUAAAAUUAAACUGACUAUACUUUGACAGAUGUUUUAAAACAUUUCAUAAAAUAAAUUAAGGAUAGACUAAAAGUUUUCAAUUUAGGAUGAUAUUAAACUAAUCAAAUCUGACUGAUUGUUAGUAAAAAUUUCUAAUUGUGUGCAAUACCUUAAACACUUAUAGAUGUUAAAAAUUCUAACCUUAAUUCUUAAAAAAUUACCUGCAAAUACAUUAAGAUAUAUGCGCAUUACCAUUUAAUUCUUCUAAGUAUCCUAAAUUUUCUCACUGCAUGUGCAUACGUUUCAUUAAAACUUUUACAGAAUAUUUGGAGUGUGUUCCACUUUAUGGGAUGUAUUUGUGUGAGUAAUAUGGAUAGAUAAUACUAAUCCAGUUUUCUAAUGAAACUGAUCAACGUCCGUAGGUUCCUAAUGAAACUGUAAAUAGAAGUUUAUUUCCCUACUGUGCAUUUAAUGCAAUACAACCUGCGUGUAGAAUACUUUUGCUAUUGUAGGCUUCUCUUUCUUAUGCAAGAGGAUUCUUCAUGUAAAUGCUCAACAUUAAGAUUAGUAAAGUAGAUAAAAUAAUAAGAAAUGCAUUGUAUUAUCUAUUAUAAUUUUCUGAUUAUUUCAACAAUUCAUGAAAAAAGUGUAUGUUCUCUAUAAUACUAAUUUCUUUUUCCAUUUUGUUGUAACAUGAUGACUUGUAAAGAUGUACAUAGUUCAAAACUUGCUCACAUACUGUGUUUUAAAUUUUACUAUUGUUGAAGAAGUAUUAAAAUGGAUGUGUAAAUGUCGAGGUAUAUUAAAAUAAUUAUUUUUAAAGGUCGUUGUAUGAAUUUACUACACUGAACGUUGAUGUAAGAUGUUUUUCGAUGUUAAUAUUUUGCUUAUGUUAAUGUAAUAACAAAUGCAUUGGAAUGCUUCAAUCAGAUGAGAUUAAAAUUAUAAAUGUAUUAAAUUGUG